AUGUUAUCCCUCGUCCUCACGGUGUUCUUCGUGAACGUCGCAAUCUACCUGGUCAACACGAUCGGCGCAACCACCAUCGACAACCUAUUAUGGCUCCUAUACCUCCGCCUACCGACGCCGACCUCCCGCACAGCCCGCAAGCAACAGCAGCUGAAGCGGGCAGUGCUAGAACAAAAGCGCGAAAUGAACAAUACCAGCUCGCAAGAUGAAUUCGCCAAGUGGGCGAAAGCGCGGAGACGCCACGACAAGACCAUGGAAGAAUACGAUGCCCUGAACAAGGAGCUUACAAGCCAGAAGUCCUCUUUCGACUGGGCUGCCAAAAUUCUCCGCUGGCUCAGCACCAACGGACUGAAAAUCUUCAUCCAGUUCUGGUACUCCAAGACACCAGUGUUCCCACUGCCGAUCGGCUGGUUCCCCUACUACGCGGAAUGGAUUGUCUCGUUCCCUCGUGCGCCACUGGGCUCUGUCAGCGUUCAGGUCUGGAGCAAUGUGUGCGCUGCGGCGAUUGCGCUUGUGGCGGAGGUUGUGGGCGCUUUGCUUGUGCGGGUCUUGGGGGAGACCAAGAAGCCUGUUAAAGCGGAGGGCAAGGCUCAGUAG